CAUUCACCAAAAUAACACCAAAUUCAACAAAACAUCAACCAAAUUGAAUAAUUCAACAUCAAAUACAACCAAAUUCAAGAUAAAAUCAACCAAAUUGAAUAAUUCAAGACAAAAUUCAACAAAAUACUUUCUACCCCAUGAACCCUAACUAUUAUACCCACCUAAAUUAUACCAAUAAAAACGAAAAUAAGGGUUGAAAGUUACCUAACAACACUUCAAAUUGGAAUGGGAGAGCUAACUAUCGGAUUAGGCUUCGAAUUUCGCUGGUUGGGCAGAAUUUUCGCCGGUUUUCGUCUCCUCUUCUCCUCUUCGCGUAAUGCGUAUGUUCUGCCGUCUGGAGUGAAUUUGUGAAGCAAGGGAGACACGCGAGAGCGUGUCGCGUGUUUACUUUAAACACGUGAGAGGAAGACGCGUCUCUCUUUUAAUACACGCGAGAGGAAUAUGUGUGUUUUACUUUAAACACGCAUUACGGUGAUGCGUCUAUACUUUUAAACCACGCAGAGCUUCAAGCGUGUUUAAUUAAAACACGCGAGAGCUUCUCGCGUCUAUACCAUGGCUGGAAUCUUGUUUUUUCAGGGUCCAAAUGGCGGAUACAUUUUGCCAUAACGUCUCUUCUUGGAAUUUUGCCGUGGAAGAAGAGGGGGAAGAGGAAGACGACGACGAAGAAGAUGGAUUGGGGAUUAGUGAAGAGAUUUUGGAAUUUGUCUUGAAAAUCUCGAGGCGGCCGGAGCUGUGGACUGAUUUCCCCCUUUCCAUGCCUGAAAUUGAUGAAUUUUGGUGUUACUUGAAUACUGAUUUGAAUAGACUAAAGGUAUAUCUGUAUUCUAUACUGGAGAAUCUCACACAAAUGUCUGAAAAUAUUCGUAUUUUCAAUUGUCAAAUUAUCAGAGAGAACGUGGAAAAUAUUGACCAUUUGGUACCUGACUUUGAGACGCUGAGGCAGAAAGUCUGCAGUCAAAUGAGCAAGGAGAAGUUUUGGCUUAUAUAUUUUAUUCUACUUCUCCCCAGGUUGAAUGAAGAAGAUCUGAAGCUUCUCUCGACUCCACAGGUUGCUGAAGCAAGGGAGACACUUUUGAAGCAACUUCAAAGUAAGAAUGCUCAAGAAACCUCCGGAAAUCCUGACUCGUCUGAUGCUAAGUAUGCAUCAUCUGAGACUGUAAAUCCAACUCAACCCAGAGAGACUGUCGACGAACCUGAAUCUGAAUCUGUAUCUGUAUCUGUAUCUGGUCAUCAGCCAGAAGCAGUUGAGCCAGGGCCGUCCGCUGAUGCUCACAAGCAAUCUCCAAACGAGGAGGAUGUUUCAUUUAGUGAUCUCGAAGACGAGGAAAAUGAUGAUCCGUCAGAUAAGCUAUCAGCACGUAGAGCAUCAACGAGCGAAAAGGCUUGGGUUCAACUGGAUGAGAACUCGGGAUCUCAGGGUUCUAAGCCGAACGCAAGCCACAAUGUUUCAAAGGAUAAAGAAUCAGAAGGUGAGGAUUCGAACGAUUGGCUCACUGUUGAUGAUACCGAUUUCGACAAUUUGGGAGCAGUGUGAAACUUCUACUAUGUGUAAAUUUAUUUCUCCCUUCCUAUAGUUUUUUUUUCUUUCAGAGGCUUAGUUGGUUAAAAAAGGGAUGGGCUAUAUUACAAUGCAUGUCAAGAAAUUGCUUCUUUUUUUUUUCCUAGUCAUUUUAGUGUUGCUUAUUUUCGUCAACUGUGAUAUGUGUGUUUAAUUUGUAUAUAAAUUAAUGUUUAGUUUUUGGGUGUAGUAA